AUGGACUCUGGCUCGAAGAAGUUGCUCGGGAUCCAGCCCAACGAGCUCCGCUUCUCAUUUGAAGCGAAUAAGCAGGCCUCGUGCUCUAUACACCUGACGAACAGAACGGAUCACCGCAUCGCCUUCAAGGUUAAGAAUAAUAACCCUAAGAGGUAUUGCGUUCAGCCCAACAUCUCUAUUGUGCCACCACGGUCCACCUGCAAUGUCAACGUUACAAUGGGAACACAAAGUGAGGCUCCAGCAGAGAUGCAAUGCGGGGACAAGUUUCUCGUUCAGAGCGUUGUGGUAAGGGAGGGAACAACGGUCGAGGAUGUAACUCAAGACAAAGACAUGUUUAAAAAGCAAGCAGGUAAUGCAAUGGACGAGACGAAGCUGAAGGUACUCUAUGUACAACCACCAUCGCCCAGGCAGGAGGGGUCUAAAGAGGGUUCGUCGCCUCGUUCUUCAGGGCCUGCUGAGAUGCAGGAAACACCAAAAAAAAAAUUGACACCAAAGAUUAGAGUUGAUGUCAGUAUGAUCUUAGUUGUUUGGUACCGAGGGCAGAAACUUACUUUUACUUAG